CUUAUUCUCAGUGCUAUGGAGCAAAUCGAGAUAGCUGAGGCUACUGCUAAAAUGGACUUGGCACGGAAACUGUUGGCUCAGUUAUACUGCAGGAUGUUACUGGGCCUUGGCAUAGCCAAACAUCACCACAUGGCAUGUGGAAAGGCAAUGGGCUCAUCCACUCUCAAGGACAGGCAGCUGUAUGAGUGCUUUUACUCCUUCUGUGCAUACGUGACAUGGGUGACGUUUGGAAGGAAAAGCCUGGAUGUGAUUGAAUUGGAGCUAGGACGACUGCUUCGUUCAGAGAUAUUCAACCCUGCUCAGAAUGUGAAGAAAGAAGAACCAAAACCUAAAGGUUCACAAGAAGGUUCCAGGCGCCUUCAGCCAAGGAGACCUCCAAUAAACACCAUCCUGAACCAACGCUCGCCGGUCCUUUCGUCACUGAUACAGACCCCUCGGGAGAAGUCAGCGUACCUCUUCAAACAGCAUCGUGUGAAUCCAAAGUUCCAAGCUGAAAUGGCAGACGAGAAGACCAAGGUGGUGGACCUGAAGUUGGAGCUGUCUGAUAAGUAAGGAGCAAACAAAACAAAUGAACCCCACGCAGUCCAGGGGACGGCCCUCUGCUACACACAGAAUGAGCCAACACAGAACCAGCCACACUCCAGCAUGCCAAUACUGGCUUUUUGAAAGGCAGUCCAAUUACUUUGACUUCUCCUCACCCAGCUUUCUGCA